AUUUUUCCCAACCCUGCAAAAUGAAUACGAACGCGUCACUUAGUGACGUCACUGCAACGUUACUGUGCCUCGUCAGUCAUCAGAGUGAACGGACGCCGUGUUGAAGUACAACAGAUUGUUUGUUUGUUUGUUCGAUUAGACUCACUAUGAGCUCAAAACAAAAUGUAUUCUCCGUUAGCUUUGUGGCUGCUGUGUGUUGGUGUUGUUUUCAGGGAGUCUCUGGGCUGCAUUACGUGUUUAGUGGAUGUAAACCAAAGAACUCGCCUGUGUUGGGGCUACACGAUCAGCGAAAACAAAGUCCAGAGUAUGGACGCGUGCUUCAAUACACUCAAACGUCUUUUCGACGACAACGCCCAAGUCCUCCAGGCUGGCAGAGUAGGUAAAGCCUAUGGAAAAAAACUGGCCGACAUCAUGAAAGCAGAGAUCCAGCUCCUCGUGGACGAGUUUGACAAAAAACAAAAUCCUGACACACUGUAUGAGACUAGGUUGCAGACAGCCGCAGACAAUUUCAUCGCUAAAGCCCACAAACUGCCUCGAGACAAUGGAUGCGUCCCCCCGUGCGGUUUUCAGGUUGAAGGUGCCAUUUAUAGCUGUAUUAGCUGCAAGUACGAUUCCUGCGCAUUCCCACUUGACUGUCCAGCUGAGAAUAUGACGGUUGCAGAGAACAACAAGACUCAAAUGCUAUGCAAAGUGUCAUUUCCGUUACCAAGCAGCAUUGGGAUAGUAUGGAGGUUUGCAGAGCAGGUGAAAACUCAGGAGGUGGAUCAGUUUAGAGAAAUGACAAUGGGGGAGGACAAUCUUUAUUCCAUCCCUUCCACCAGGAAGUAUCAUCAGGGCACUUACCAGUGUGAGAUAUACUCAGAGAAAACAUCUAUUGUCAGACUUUACUUCUAUCUCACAGUGACCCCCCAUGUUGUAGUCGUACUCGGCCAUUCCAGGCUGCAGGAGAUAUUUGAGCUGUCUCUGCUCCCAGGAGGGAAGUUACACACUGGUGCUCCUCUCCCCUCUCAGCAACACCUCGUGCUCAUCGCCAUCUGCUUUACAUCUUUGCUGCUCCUCCUAAUCCUAUCCUUAGGGACUCUGUUUUUGUUAUCACAGGCAGAAAAAACAACUGUCCCUGAACGCAUCAGCGGAAUUGAAGAUUUAGGAUCCAUCCAUCCAUUUUCUACCGCUUGUCCCUUUUUUGGGGUCGCGGGGGGUGCUGGAGCCUUUCUCAGCUGCAUUCGGGCGGAAGAUGGGGUACACCCUGGACAAGUCGCCACCUCAUCACAGGGCCAACACAGAUAGACAGACAACAUUCACACUCACAUUCACUCACAAGGGUCCAUCCAUCCAUUUUCUACCGCUUAUUCCCUUCGGGGUCCUGAGAGAUAUUAGGUACUCUUAACAGCCCUUUCAGAUGAUGAACAAAGGCUGCAGUUCAUUCUUUUUACCACCAGAGAGCGGCAGAGACAAUGGAGUAGCGGUUUUUGAUCAUAGCAAGGUUUAUAAUAAUGAUGAUGACAUUAAUGAUAGCAAGAGCAAUAAUCAGACAUUUAUCUCAACGGGAAAGUCUGUGUACACGCCCUGAUUAGAGUUAGAGUUAGAGUUUGAGUUUAUUUCGAACAUGCAAGCAUACAACAUAAUACAUCACAAUUUCCAGUUUCUCUUUUCAACAUGUUCGAAAAGGAGUAGGAAGAAGCAGAGCUGAUUUAAUCCUACCCCUUUUCUUUACAUAACAGUUGCUGAAACUUUUUUAUUCACUUCCUGUUCUCAAUUUAUUCACAAUAACUCCAUAGGUAAUCACAAUAAAAAUAAAUAAAUAAAUAAUAGUAAGAAUUUAAUAAUAAUAAUUGGUGAAGUAAGUCAUAUUUCAUGUGAUGAGAUAAGUAAGAUUACUUUAAGAAUGAAUGAAUGGAUGGAUGAAAUAAAUUGAGAAUGUUUGUCAUGGUUCUUUGUACUUUGUAAACACUUUAAGUUUGAAGAGUUUCUUGAAGUGGAUCAUAUUAGUACAUUGUUUGAUUGCUUUGCUUAAUCCAUUCCAUAAUUUAAUUCCACAUAUUGAUAUACUGAAGGUCUUAAGUGUUGUACGUGCGUACAAAUAUUUUAAAUUAAAUUUUUCUCUCAAGAUUAUAUUUCUCUUGUUGAGAAUUGUUGUAUAUUCUUGGGUAGCAGGUUAUUGUUUGCUUUGUGCAUAAUUUUAGCUGUUUACAAAUUCACUAUGUCGUGGAAUUUCAGUAUCUUUGAUUUGUAUGGAUUUGUAUGUUCUCUAUACCCAACAUUAUGUAUUAUUCUAACUGAUCUUUUUUGUAACACAGUUAAUGAAUGAAGUGUACUUUUGUAAUUAUUUCCCCAUAUUUCUACACAGUAGCUCAGAUAUGGUAACACUAGUGAGCAGUAGAGAAUAUGAAGUGAUUUUUUGUGUAGAACAUGUUUUGCUUUAUUCAUUAUUGACGAGUUUCUUGCUACUUUAUGUUGUAUAUUUUUUACGUGAGAUUUCCAGUUCAAUUUAUCAGUCAUUAUACAUAGACAUUUGGUUUCAUUUACUCUUUCAAUUUCUUUUCCGUCUAUUUGUAUUUGUGUUUGACUUUCUCUACUACUGUUACCAAAUAGCAUUUUAGUUUUGCUGAGAUUCAACGAUAAUCUAUUUUUGUCAAACCAUAUUUUUAAUUUGUUAAUUUCUUCUGUUAUUUGUAUUAUCUCCUGUGUGUUCUCUCCUGAACAAAACACUGUUGUAUCAUCCGCAAAUAAUACUAACUUUAAAUCUUUUGUAACUUUACAAAUGUCAUUUAUAUAGAGAUUGAAUAAUUUAGGUCCUAAUAUUGAUCCCUGAGGUACACCACAGGAUAUAUUUAGCGUUGUAGACGUGUGUUCGCCUAGCUUCACGUAUUGUUUCCUGUUCGUUAGAUAACUUCUUAUCCAGUUUAAGACUAACCCUCUGAUGCCAUAUCGUUCUAGUUUUUUGAUUAAAAUAUUGUGAUUAAUUGUGUCAAAUGCUUUAGUUAGAUCCAUAAAAACUGAUUACAUUCCUAAGUACAUUUUAUUAAGUUCCAGUCUAGUGAAAAUGACUUAUUUUUCAUUCUAGAAUAGUUUAUAUUUGUAGUUUUAUUUGACCAAUUCUGUAAUGUAUUUUUUAUGUUCAGGGACAUGGAUUUUAAAAUGUACUUCUGACACAAGAAUACAUUUUUAGAAACCGGCAAAUCUAUUUCUAAUGUGAAAGUUUGUGUCAUUCAAACAUUUUAGCUACUGCCCGAUACACAAUUGAUUCAGCGUAACAAAUUAAUAUUUGCAUAAUUUUUAUGAUGCAAUUUAGUAUAAAUUAUUCGUAUUGUGUACUGUCAAUGUUCCUUGUAGUAUCUCUUGGCCACAGGGAGGCAGAAACAUGCGCGAAACUGCCAGUGAGAUUCUGUGGGCCAGAGUAUAUUGGACACUAGAUGUUUAUAUUUUAUAUCUGUGAACAUAUCUAUCAUUAAGUUAAAGCUUUUGUGAUAGGUGUCCACCCUAAACACUCAGUGUGCCUUUGAGGUCAGGUCAAGAAAUAAUUCAGUUACAUAUACAUUCAAAGCUGUCAUCAUUGAAACAUGUAUAAUUAUUAUUUAAUAACGGUGACGCAUAACAAACAAACACUUGAAUUUGAUUUGACUGGGUAUUGACUUAAGUUGUUAUUGUUCCCUAUUUAUUCACAGUGACAUAACUUUUAAGGUGUGAUCAAACCUCCAGUUCUGAAAAUGUAUUUUAAUCAUUAAUUUUCAAUCAAUGAAAUCUGGAGUCAAUUGACAUGGCCACAUUCUGAGUUUCCUUUCUUAUUAAGUUGCUUUAGUAGAAUGUUUAGAGUCAUUAUCUAACAAACAAAGUUUAGUCGAUUACACCUCACAUUACAUCUUGUUAUUUCUGUCAGCACUCACAUCAUUAAUAGGCACCAGUGAACAUGUUCUAUUAGCAGUCAUGCUUGACUGUGCUAUAACAUGCCGACACCAUGUUUGAUACAUGCUGUGGUCAUUUGUGAAAUCAUACGCUGUUCCUUUUUCCAUACUUUAACAGUCUAAUGAUGGUUUCAUCUGUUCGAAGAAUCUGAUCCCGGAAAAUGGGGAGCUUUUGGUGCUUUCUGGCAAAGUGGAAUCUGGCUUUCCUGUUCUUGAACACUACUAGUGGUUUGCACCUUAUUAAUUUUGUAGUUUGAGUUAACGACCUUGCCCUGCAGUAUUACCGCUUUGCUUUAACUAGGAAAUCUUGAAUCACACUAA